AAAACAAGCCAAAGAGAGAAAAAUUUGUCCAUUUCUUUGAAACUUCUUAGUUUAAGCAGUUGAUGUUAGAGUUUUGUUUCAUUACUGGUAACUGAGUUCACUCAGUAGCAAACUCGCGAGUCUAUGAUAAUUUGAGCUGGUUUUGUUUUGCUUAGUCAAUUGGACUGUUGAAAUUAUUUUCUGAGAAAAUGCCUUGUCAUGAGGUGAAAUCAUGGACAUUUGUUGGUCUAGUGGGUGCAUUUCUUGAUCUUGCAAUUGUAUUUCUUGUUCUAUGUGCAUCAACUCUUGCGUUUUUCGUCUCGAAAUUUCUGGGGUUGUUUCGAUUGUCUCUGCCAUGCCCUUGUAAUGGACUGUUUGGUGAUCCUAAUAGUGGAAAAUGCUGGCAAAGAGUGUUGGUAAAUUGUCCAUCUGAGAAGUUAUCAUCUGUGCAAUUCUCUGUUAAGAACAAGUUCCCGUUUGAUUCGAUAUGGGACAAAAACUUAAAUCCCGAAUCUGAUAAAAAUUGUGAGUAUGCAUUUGGUGGAUUGAAUGAUGUAGCAUCAUCUAGCUCAUUUCAGGAGAGGGUGAGUGAAAGGAGUCUCGUGAAAGAGGAGAAUUUUGAUGCUAAGGGGAAGGGGAUUUGGCAUCAGAAGGUGAGAAAUGCUAUUAGGCGUCGUAAGAAAGGCGCUGCUGAUAAUGGAAGGUUUUCUUCUGGUGUUUCAUUUGAUUCUUUUCAGUCUGAUACACAAGCUCUUCCUCGAUCUCCUUCCAGCGUUAAUAAGACGGCAAACGAGAGUAAUGAAGAUAGCAGGGACUUCUCAAUGGACAUGGAUUUUCUAGGAAGACAGUCUACUUGUUCUGAAUCAAAUGAAUGUACGAAAGACAAGAAACCGACAGGGAAGGACGGAUCGCAUGUUGAGCAUUUGGACUUUAAUCUCCAAGGGAAGCUUUCAGACGGUAAUGAUGAAAAGAAUACAAUUAGAGUCCUAGAACAUGCAUUAGAGGAAGAGCAAGCAGCGCGUUCUGCUUUGUAUAUAGAGCUUGAGAAAGAGCAGAAUGCCGCUGCUAGUGCUGCAGAUGAGGCCAUGGCAAUGAUACUGCGUCUACAAGAGGAGAAAGCAUCGAUAGAAAUGGAAGCUAGGCAGUACCAGAGGAUGAUAGAAGAAAAGUCUGCUUACGACUUUGAAGAAAUGAACAUUCUUAAAGAGAUCCUACUAAGAAGGGAAAAGGAAAAACACUUCUUGGAGAAGGAAAAUGAAGCUUAUAGGCAAAUGAUUUUUGGCAGUGAUCAAUUGGAUCCUGAUUGCGAGACAGAUUCGACAGGAAAUGCAAAUAGAUCUGCUGAAUAUGAAGUUUUGUCCAUGGAAUCACAAUCUCACAGUUUUGCCUUGGGGAAAGAGAUGUCAAUUCCAGAGUUUGAUAAAGUUCAUUCCUUGAAACAAAUAACUACAAACAAAUAUCAACAGCAUUUGUCAAGUGGCAAUGAAGAGAUCAAUGACGGGGAUGAGAAAAUUAAGCUGUUAUUGCCGGAAAAAAUGCCGGUUCCUCAAGCAAGAGAGGCGAAAUUUCUAGAGGUGACUAAGGAACCGACUGCAGAAGGAUUUUCUUUGCAAGAGAAGAAAUUGGCUGCUCUUGUUGAGGAAGUACAGCAGCAAACUGAUGUCAUCGAUACAAGCCGAGGGUCAUCGUACUUCAACCGUACUUGUGAUGAAACCAAUAAUAUGGAUUCAUGUGUGCAUGAUAUUCAUAUGGUUGAUAAUAAAUCAAAUACAUGUGAUGAAGUUGGAAGUAGAAAACAAUCAGAAAAUAUUUGCUUAGACAUGCCGAGAUCAUGUAAUAGUCCGGUUCUGAGUAGGUCAAAAACAGAGCAGUACAUCAGCAGAAGCUGCUCCGAAAUAACUAGUGGAUUACCACCUAGAGGUUUCUUGCAAAAAAAGCCAUUGCUUUCUGAUCUCAGGAGAAACUCCAUGUCUGCAGUUGAUUAUGAGAGGUUCAAAAUUGACAAUGAAGUUGGGUGGCUAAGAGAAAAGUUAAGGAUCAUACAAGAAGGUAGAGAGAAGCUAAAUAUUUCAAUGGACCAUAGGGAAAAAGAAAACAUUCAGCUGCAACUUUUGGAGAAUAUUGUGAGUCAGCUUCAAGAAAUACGUCAAACGACAGAAAGCGGAAAUGUUAUUCGCCGGGUCUCAUUGCCCCCUCAAUCAUUCAAGAUAAUGUCGAAGAAAAGGCGGUGCCGAAGUGUGUCUUUGGAAGUGCAUAGAAGCAAUUAAAUAGUUGCUAUAUGAAUUACUAAGCUAGCAAUGUCAUACCAAUUUAUCUCGGCUUCUCCAAAUCUAUGUGCAGAAUGUUAAAUCAGAGAUUUCAGAUCGUAUUGGAGGAAUGGCAUUGGAGCAGAGAAAUUGCAUUUUGCAUAAAAGUGCAUUUUUAUGAACUAUUAACACUGUAGGUACCUGAGACUAUUCCCAUGUUCUAAAAAAGUUCAAAUAAGUACAUCUGAUAGGUUAAUUUCUCCUGCAAACAAUUGCUAGAUUACAGUUGAAUAAAAAAUAUGAUUAGCUCUUUUUUUAA